UAUCUCCACCCCUGCUACUGGCCCAGAGUGCUCUGAGCUGUGAGCGGGACAAUCUAGAAAACUGAAGGACCCAUAUUUCUCCUCCCCAUUGCAGAUAAGUUUUAACACCCUGUGGAUUCACAGGUGCCUUUCAACUCACAUCAGGCUGAAUGAGAGCAGUUCAGGGCACCUGUUGAGGAGGAGCAUUCUUUUUAAUAUGCCACUGAGCCUUUGCGGAUAACGGUUCUGCUGAGGUGGCCACAUUUCUAACAUUAGCACUAAAUGAGCUGUGUGGUUAUACAACCAGCCCUACAAUAUCUACAAGUGUAAAAACCUGUGUGAUUUGUCAUUCAGCUGUUGUCGACAGGAAGCCACUAACAGCAGCCAACUGACAACGCCAAGAAGAAUUAGGGUUUCUCUUUCUAUGUGCUGUAAGGAUUAAAACUUAUCAAGGGGAGCUUAUGUUCUGAAGUUCUCGCCUUGCAAGAGAUUUUUAAGCUCUGGUGGACAGCUAGGACCAAGUGGGCUAUGAUUUAAUCUGACAAAGGAGUAGCCAGGAUGGGGUUGAUCGGGAGCAAAAACCAGCUGAUGUCCAAUGAGAAAUUUACUUCUGGAAGCAAUCCGAAAGCCAGGAGUAGACCUCCUCCUGCCCCACCCAAAGGCAGACAAUUUAUCAGCCUCUCUCAUCUAAACCAAGCCUCUGCACAAGAUGACAUCAUUGUGAUUGCACUGUACGAUUUUGCUGCUUCAAGUGACCGUGAUCUGGAGCUGGUCAAGGGGGAGAAACUCCAGAUCCUCUCCAACGAGGGGGACUGGUGGCUGGCCAAAUCCCUCCGAAGCGGGAAGAAAGGCUAUAUCCCCAGCAACUUCGUUGCACUAGUAGACAGCCUGGAACAGGAAAAGUGGUUUUUUAAAACUCUGAGCAGAAAAGAUGCUGAACGGCUGCUGUUGUCUUCUGGUAACAAAAUCGGCUCUUUCCUUGUUCGAGAGAGUGAGACCAGCGCAGGUGCCUAUUCCUUGUCUGUGAGAGACAGUGAUUCUGCUCAUGGGGACAUCAUCAAACACUACAGGAUCCGCUCCUUAGAUGGUGGAGGUUAUUACAUCUCCCCAAGGACGACUUUUGCCACCCUGCCAGAGUUAAUCCAUCAUUAUAGCCAGAAGGGAGAUGGUCUGUGCCAGAGGCUCAUGGCUCCCUGCACAUCCCUGGCUCCCCAGAGGCCCUGGGCACAGGAUGAGUGGGAGAUCCCACGGGAGUCUCUGAAACUUGUGAAGAAGCUCGGCAGUGGGCAGUUUGGGGAAGUGUGGAUGGGCUACUACAAGAACAACUUCAAGGUGGCUGUGAAGACCAUGAAGGAGGGCAGCAUGGAUCCUGAUGCCUUCUUAGCAGAAGCAAACUUGAUGAAGAAGCUCCAGCAUAACAAGCUGGUCCGGCUGUAUGCUGUAGUCACAAAGCAGCCAAUUUACAUUGUGACAGAGUACAUGGCCAAUGGGUGCUUGCUGGAUUAUUUGAAGACAGAAGAAGGGAGCCAGCUGAAUCUCCCAAAACUCAUUGAUAUGUCUGCUCAGGUGGCAGAGGGAAUGGCGUACAUUGAGAGAAUGAACUCCAUCCACCGUGACUUGAGAGCUGCCAACAUCCUCGUCUCAGAGACACUCUGCUGCAAAAUUGCUGAUUUUGGCUUGGCCAGGAUCAUCGAGGAUGAAUACUUGGCACAGGAAGGAGCCAAAUUCCCAAUCAAAUGGACAGCACCGGAAGCCAUUAACUUUGGCAUUUUCACCAUCAAGUCUGACGUGUGGUCUUUUGGGAUUCUCUUGACUGAAAUCAUAACCUACGGCAGGAUCCCUUAUCCAGGGAUGACCAACCCCGAGGUGAUUCGCAACCUGGAGCAGGGUUACCGCAUGCCCUGCCCGGACAUGUGUCCAGCUGAGCUCUACAGCAUCAUCCUGAGAUGCUGGCGAAACAAACCCGAGGAGCGCCCGACCUUUGAGUACCUUCAGUCUGUCCUCGAGGACUUUUACACGGCCACAGAGAAGCAGUACGAGGCAGAGCCUCAACCAUGAGCCACCGGCACCUGGGGACAGAGGAAAGCCACCAUCCUGCACAGGUUGGUGAUGGCUCUUGCCAGGAUCUCCCUUUCUCCUGUGUGCUGCCACGAUGGAUUUGGGGAUGGGGAGAAAGGAGGGACAUGAGGGAAGUGGAUGGAGUGACAGCCCCCAGCUGCCGUCCCUCUGCCCCCAGGAAGAGGGGAACACUGCCCGGAGGGUGGCACGGAGCUGCAUGCAACACCACUGCCCCCUCCACACUGCAGGGAGGUGUCCUCUCUGCACCUCCUGAGGCCUCACCAGGCCUCCGAGCUCUGGAUUCAUCCCUGCAUAGGGUGCCAACCCCAAAUCCUUAAUAAAGAACCAGAGAGACCAUUUUCCUUUAUUUUAUUCCGUCGUCAGGAUGGCAGCGUGCUCCUGCAUUUCCCAUUCCUGUUUCCCAGCUCCCUGCAAGGAGGCUGUGCUCUGCUCCCAGGUGGUGGUGACAGGACAAGAGGUGAUGGCAUCAUGUUGUGCCGGGGGGAGGUCAGGUUGGAUGUUAGGAAAGAUUUCUUCUCUCAGAGUGAUGCUGCAGUGGCACAGGCUGCCCAGGGAGGUGGUGGGGUCACCGACCCUGGAGGGGUUCCAUAAACGUGGGGAUGUGGGACAGAGGGACGCUGUCUAGAGCGGCCACAGGCACGGGUUGAUGGCUGGACUGGGUGAUCAUCAAGGUCUUUCCAACCUUGAUGAUUCUGAUUCCUCCUCCCGGCCCACGGAGGAGAAGGGGAGAGGUUCAUGGUGUGGCCACCAGAUGUCCCCACUUCCCCGUGAAUCUGAGGGCUCCGAGCACAGCGGGGAGGGGUAAAAAAUGGUACAGCAAUGUCCAAAACAAAGCAAAAUGGAACGAAAUAAAAAUAAUAAA